GAUAUGUAUUAUCGACUUUUCUUCUAAUUGUAAGAUAUACUUCGUGAUUGCAUGUCUAUCAAUCUUCAGUUCCAGUAACAGAGGGAGAAAGAGAGACAGACACAUAUAAGAUUCCUUUUACCUAUGUGUUUUUUCUUUCUAUUAUGCCUAUCUUGGGCCGUUGAACCCACCUAGUCGUGCGAGAGGACUAAUCAUAAAAAGCAGAGAAGAUAGAGACUAGAGACGAGAUCCAGGGCGAAAGAGAUCGGCCGAUCGAGAAGAGAGCGAGUGAGUGCUUUCUUCGUGGUGAAUCAAGCCAUGGUGAAGGUCUUCAUAUAUAAACCAUCGUAUAGCCACGGUUCUAUAAUAGUCAGUGCGACUCGACCAAUUUUGAAACAUCAUCCAGAACUAUGACAAUCGCAUUACAAGCUUUUUUAUUUGUGCUGGCAACAGCAGCGGCCACGGCUAGACCUUCGUUUUACGAAGGCCAUAGUCUUGGAUCUGAUGAGCCCAAGCUCAUCUCGCAGUCGGUACAUCUGCACGAAGUGCCAACCAAGGUGAUCAAGGUCACCAAGACAGUAGCUAUCAAGGUCCCCGUGCCGUAUCCUGUUAAGGUGCCUCAUCACAUUCCAUUUCCAGUGCCUGUGAAACAUCCUGUAGCGGUUCCGGUGCCGCAGAUAGUGAAAGUACCACAACAUGUGCCAGUACCAAUAGAGAAGCCAUUCCCGGUGGAGCUGCAUCAGCAGGUGCCGCUCUUGGUAUCUAAACCCGUACCCGUGCCACAUCCGGUCCCAGUGCCGCAUCCGGUCACUUUAACUAAGCCAGUCUUCGUUGCGGUACCAAAGGUGAUCUCGUUCCCACAAUCAAGUCACAACGAAGGUGGCGUUGAAGCUGGUGCUGGAGAUGGUCAUGCCAGCCAUGAAACGGUCAACUAUAACUCCUAUGCCGUCAACGUUCAAGGCCACGGAGCGACUCACGAUCAGCAAAACGAGAAUCAAGCCCAUUUUCAACCUUCCCAGUAUGAUUACUCGCAGGAUCAUUAACUUUCGAAAUGCGAUAGGUUGGCCGAUUAUGGCGGUGUAGGCUUCUGUUGAAAGGAAAAGUACAUACAUUAAAAAGUAAAUCAUUGAAUAUGAUAUGCACAAACUGAUCACUUUGAAAGCGGUUUGAGUCAGAUACAUUAUAGGAUUUUUUUUAUAUAAGUAGAAAUAAUAUUAAAUAUCAAAUAAUGAUGAUUUUUGAAAUUUAAUUUAUUUUUGAUAUGAAAUUUCCAAAGUCAAUAGUCGCAAU